AUAGAAGCAUAUAUAACAAAUGCCUACUUGAGUAAAUGCAUCUGGAUUUCUGAUUUUACAGUGCUUCCUUCAUUACAUGUAAAUUGAAUUCUGGCUGAAUGGAAAAGAUCUUGGAAUAAGUUAGCUAACUAGCUUGUUAAAAAUGAGUUCCCAAAAGCGAGGUUAUGAUGAAGACAAUGGGGGGAAGAAGAAAAGAGCUAAACUAUCACAAAGUGAUAGAUCAGCAAGCAAUUCAGGCUUGCUCUCUUCACCUAAACCAUCACAAAGUGAUAGAUCAGCGAGCAAUUCUAGCUUGCUCUCUUCAGCACACAGUUUUUAUGGAAGAAGUUCUCUGGGAGAUGCAGACAGUCUUUCAAGUCCAGAAGAGAUGAACAAUCAUAGUCUUGCAUCACAGUCAGAUAUAUCAGAAGACUAUAUGCCUGCAGGCAUGCAGCCUGAUUACAGCCCUGACACUAUGACUCAGUUCACACCCUCCACAUCUGACUCCCCCAAAAACUUCUCACCGUCCAUUCCUGAAAAUGGAAAAAAUUAUGGUUUGAACUCUGGGACGUCUUCACUAUCUUCCAACAACACAACAUCAACCAGCAGUGGCCCUAAGCCCCAUUACAGCUCUAUUUCUCAAAAGUUGAUGAAUAAGAUGGGUUAUGAGGAAGGCCGAGGCUUGGGAGCAUCACAGUCUGGUCGCUUGGAGCCUGUAGAAGCAUCUCAUCAGAAAGGCAGGAGGGGUCUUGGCCACUCACUCCCUCAGCUGCAGCCAGCUAUUAUUAAGGAUUUCCAUGAUGGCCAGCUUGAUGAAGCAAGUGUGGAGGAAGAAGUCCUUUGGAUGGCUGAAUGCCCCAACCCAGAACCAUUAUCCCUUGCCUUGCUCACUCAGUGGAUGACAAUUGGACCAAAGAAGCUUGACAUCAGUGAUGAAACAGAUUAUUGUGAUGAGAGUAUUCUCAAGGGUGUGCUCGAUGCAAAGACAGUGUUUGAUGCACUAAGCGAGCGGGAGAUCCAGCGAGCGCGAGUUCGCAGUAACCCCUUCGAGACCAUCGGCAAAGUGUUCUUCCAGAACAGAGCUGCCCUCAAGAUGGCAAACUUGGACGCCAUAUGCGGCAUGAUGUUCACUAGGCCCACCGACCCACAUGGAAAGCCCAUGGUGCAAGAGGACAACAUCCUAUACUUUGCUGACGUGUGUGCUGCGCCAGGAGGGUUCGCCGAGUAUGCCAUAUGGCGCCGCAAAACAAUCAGUGAUGGCUUCCCUGAUGUGCAUGGCUUUGGCUUCACAUUGCGCUCUAAUGACUUCAAACUGCAUGACUUCUACGCAGCUCCUAGAGAGUUCUUUGAACCGCACUACGGCGACAGUGAUCGAGGCAAGAAGGGUGAUGGAGAUGGUGAUAUCUACAAGGGGCAUAACAUCAGCAGCUUCUGCGACUUCGUGAAGACGGCGACGCGGGGGCGCGGCGUGCACUUCAUGAUGGCGGACGGCGGCUUUAAUGUAGAGGGGCAAGAGAACAUCCAGGAGAUAUUGAGCAAGCAGCUCUACCUGGGGCAGUUCACGGUCGCCCUAGGCAUUGUCAGGGAGGGCGGGCAUUUUGUGUGCAAGUUAUUCGACACGUUCACGCCCUUCAGCGUAGAGCUCAUCUACCUCAUGUAUCGCUGCUUCAGACGCGUCUCCAUCCACAAGCCCAACACCAGCAGACCAGCUAACUCUGAGAGGUACAUUAUCUGCAAAGGACUGCGCAGUGGCUGCAGCAGUGUUUACAGUUACUUGUUCUCCGUCAACGAUAAGCUCAACGAACUGAAGCUCAGCUCCGGCGACCGCGACGUGACGCAUCUCGUGCCGCCAGAGCUUAUACAGAACGAUGAGAAAUUCCUGCACUACAUCAAGGAUAUGAACAACAGUAUCGGCGAAAAACAGAUAAGAAGUCUGCACAAAAUUCGUCUGUUCGCUGAGGACAACACGCUGACGGAGGCCCGGCAGAGCGCCAUGAGGACCGAGAGCCUCUCAGCCUGGGGUGUGCCGGACAUCUCUCGGAGGGCGCCUCUCAGGGAGCCUCCUGAGAGGAAGGCGAUGAAAAUUCUGCGUGAAUGUGAUGUUGGAGAAACGCCCCAUGCGCUGCUGGAGGUGAAGAACGUAAGCGACCUCAAGCCGCCCAGCGUGACAAGCCCCCUCAACUACCGCUUCAUGGUGUCCUCCGUGGCUAAGGAGGAGCAGCGUAAACGGGGCUUCUACUUAGGUCUUGGCGGCCUGAACGUGUACCGAAGUGAGUCAUUAUGCCCGGCCUCCUGGGGUCAUUUGAACCUCAACGUAGAGCUGCCGCCCGACACUCUAAUUUAUGCUGAACUUGUGGACGAAAUUCGCGACAUGAGCGUCGACGAGCCGCUGCCUGGCGACAAGCAGAGGAGGACCAGGCGGGUACCUGCGCUGCACGUCAUCGACGGCAUCUGCCUUAAUGGCUUCAAUAUCUCCAAGAUGCAUCUGGUGCGAAGACACGGCUUCCUGAAGCGCUUCUGUGAGGCCGUGACCAAGACCAGCAAACCUGAGCUGCUGCCUCUCCGCUGCAAGACUCUGCACCGUGCAGAAGAUGUGCACAAGAUACUCUCCCAUCCUAGGUUGUCAGUCCGACAAGUUAGGAACUCAGGAUAUCAACGCGUCAUGUAUUGUGAGUCCGACAACGAACUGGAGCCUUACCACGUACCGGUCACUGGUCUCAUCAUGCUGAUCACGGUUAAAGCACCUUGGAUGAUGGCCGUCUCUCGCUCAUCCAGCAAGAAAUAUUUCUAUAAUAUCCGAACCAAAGUGUCAGAAUAUGAAGUGUCUGAUGAAAAAGUGGCGGAUUUCGCAUGCACAAUGAGCGGGUCGAUGUUGUGGCGCUGGCGCCCGGGCACCAUCAUCCUGGGCAACGACCACAACAUUGGCUGCGAUUUCCUCGACAGCGACGACGAAGAAGAAGAGCAAACCCCAGAACUGAUGUCGCUGGCAACCUUCUCUGAAUUCCUCGAGAAUUGUCCACCCAAAUAUUGA